CAUCGGCUUCCGGCCGCCGGCAUCCGGCUCUCACUUGCAGCCUUUUCUCUGCCGUCGCCACCGUUGCUGCUGCCGUCGUAUCCGCCGCCGCCAUGGGCAUCCUGGAGAAGAUCUCGGAGAUUGAGAAGGAGAUCGCUCGGACCCAGAAGAACAAGGCUACCGAGUACCAUCUUGGAUUGCUGAAAGCAAAACUUGCCAAGUACAGAGCACAGCUCUUGGAACCCUCCAAAUCUGCCUCCACCAAAGGAGAAGGUUUUGAUGUGAUGAAAUCUGGAGAUGCCCGAGUGGCUCUAAUUGGCUUUCCUUCUGUGGGUAAGUCUACCUUCCUGAGCUUAAUGACAUCCACGGCCAGUGAAGCUGCGUCCUAUGAAUUCACUACUCUGACUUGUAUCCCUGGAGUCAUUGAAUACAAAGGAGCCAAUAUUCAGCUAUUAGAUCUUCCUGGAAUCAUUGAAGGUGCUGCACAAGGGAAAGGCAGAGGCCGACAGGUGAUUGCUGUGGCUAGGACAGCCGAUGUUGUCAUCAUGAUGCUGGAUGCCACCAAAGGAGAAGUACAGAGGUCCCUGUUGGAAAAGGAAUUGGAAUCUGUGGGCAUUCGGCUCAACAAGCACAGACCCAAUAUCUACUUCAAGCCAAAGAAAGGUGGUGGAAUCUCCUUCAAUUCAACAGUCACAUUGAGCCAGUGCUCUGAAAAGCUAGUGCAGCUCAUUCUACAUGAGUACAAAAUCUUCAAUGCUGAAGUUCUCUUCCGAGAAGACUGUUCACCCGAUGAGUUUAUUGAUGUGAUUGUUGGCAACCGAGUGUACAUGCCCUGCUUGUAUGUUUAUAAUAAAAUUGAUCAGAUCUCAAUGGAGGAAGUUGAUCGUCUGGCACGAAAGCCCAACAGUGUUGUCAUUAGCUGUGGGAUGAAGCUCAACCUGGACUUCUUGCUGGAGAUGCUUUGGGAAUACUUGGCCUUGACGUGUAUCUAUACCAAAAAAAGAGGACAAAGACCAGACUUUACUGAUGCCAUUAUUCUUCGGAAAGGAGCUUCUGUAGAGCAUGUGUGCCACCGGAUUCACCGAACACUUGCUAGCCAGUUUAAAUAUGCUUUAGUGUGGGGAACCAGCACCAAAUACAGUCCUCAGAGAGUGGGAUUGACACAUACAAUGGAGCAUGAGGAUGUUAUCCAGAUAGUCAAGAAGUAACCUCUCCUGCUGCUAAUCAUCAGUGCCUGACCCCCCUCCCUCCCCAAAAUCCCCAGAGUGGCGUCUGAUUGACUGUUAUCUGCAAGCCAAAAAGGAAAAAGGGAGGGGGUGUGGGGAAGGUUGGGGAGGGAGGGAGCGUGCCCAAGAAGGAAAACCUAGAAAAAUCCGUCACAUAUGUAUGCUUCCAUGAAGCUUGUUCAGUAGGAGGAGGAGGAAAGACUGAAAAGGAGCCUGUGGGGGCCAAAGGGAUUUGCACAUUAUGGACAUUUUGCUCGUGUGGGAGUGGUGAGCCUAAACUAGGAGAUCUGGAACCUGUAACCAGAAAUCAGAAUUGACUCUUUCCCUUCCCCCUAUUCCCAACUCUGUUUAGGACCCCACUGGCUGUAUGGAGCUGUGCAUACCAAGCAGCUCCCACUUGGAGGGGAGAAGGGAGCCCUGAGAGUUGGAUUGGAAUCUGUGUUCUCUUUGUAUUGGAAUUCAUGUUUGUCUGUCAUGGAUGAGAAUGGUUAGAGUCUUAGUAUGGUGUGCUAAGGCUUUCCCCUCUGCCAUCCCUUCAGUGAAGCUCCUCGUCUCUUAGCGGACGCAAUUCUUGGCUCUCUGUGUUAUGCCACGUUGGUACCUGGAGCAAAUUUCCACCCUUUGAGCCUUUCCCCAUACUUUUAUGAGCCCUCUUUUAUUGUACCAGGCUUCCUGAAAGGCCCCCAGACCACCCUGUGACUGGAGGCCUGAAGAGCAGAAAGCAUGCCCACCCAGUGGCAAAUGAACAAAUAAAGACUCUUCCUCUGUUUCCCUUUUUAGGUCCUUUGGCCUUGUUCUUUCUCUUUCUCUUACUGCAGUCAGUGUGUAUACAGUUCAGGUUCUAUUUACAUGGCUCUUUCCAUAUUUCUUCAAACUGUUCAUACUUAUUUUUCACAUGUGUCAGAUUUUUCAAACAGCCAAGGUCAAGAAAAGAAUCUGUUCUCUAGCUUACUGUCUUCAUAGCAGGCUUUUUAUCCCAAUAGGGUCUCCAGGGUCCAGUAGGGGAAUCAUAAACUACCAACAGAGAGCUCCCACCAGUACUUCUGAAUUUUCUGAAUGUUUGAUGGCUGAGAGUUCCUGCUGCCUCUUCCUUCCUUUCCCUCCCUGCUGGGGAGACAGGAUGGGGUCUGUGGGGUUCUGGAGAGGUCUCUGGUUCCUCACCUAGCACAACCACUAAAUUGCAAAUUUUUUUGUCCAGUGACCACACAUUUAUUGGAUUUGAGGGUAUUUUGUUUGUUUUUCUUUUUGAAUUAAACACUAAAAUGAAAAGCUGAUUUCUUUUCCAACUAAGAAUAAAAGUAAAUAUUCUGCAUGCAAAACAAA